GGCUGUGCUCACUACAGCACAGUUGGGCAGAAAGGAAGCCCUGCAAAAGGUAGCAUGCAAAGCAGGAGGGAGAGCACAUAGGAGUAAUUUGCUGACAGACAAGCAAAGAUGGAUCUGAUUUCAGCUUUCUCCCCGGAAACCUGGGUCCUCCUGGCAAUUAGUCUCAUGCUCCUCUACUGGUUUGGGACUCGUACACAUGGUGUUUUUAAGAAACAGGGAAUUCCUGGGCCCACACCUCUGCCCUUUUUAGGAACUGUACUGAAUUACUACAAGGGUAUAUGGAAAUAUGAUGCGGAAUGCUAUAAAAAGUAUGGAAAAAUAUGGGGGCUGUUUGAAGGUCCAACACCUCUAUUUGCCAUCACAGACACAGAGAUGAUCCGGAAUGUGCUAGUGAAAGAAUGCUAUUCUGCCUUCACAAACCGGCGGAAUUUUGGCCCAGUGGGGAUUAUGAAAAAAGCUGUCUUCUUCUCUGAGGAUGACGAGUGGAAGAGAAUCCGAGCCUUGCUGUCUCCCACCUUCACCAGUGGAAAACUCAAAGAGAUGUUCCCCAUUAUUGAACAGUAUGGAGAUAUUUUGGUAAAAUACUUGAGAGGAGAGGCAGAGAAAGGCAAGCCUGUCCCUAUUAAAGAAGUGUUUGGGGCCUACAACAUGGAUGUGGUCACCAGCACAUCAUUUGGAGUGAACGUUGAUUCCCUCAACAACCCAAAUGAUCCUUUUGUGGAGAAAGCCAAGAAUCUCUUAAGAUUUGAUUUUUUUGAUCCAUUGUUCUUGUCAGUAGUACUCUUUCCAUUCCUCACCCCAAUAUAUGUGAUGUUAAAUAUCUCCAUGUUCUCAAAGGAUUCCUUAGCAUUUUUCAAAAAAUUUUUGUACAAAAUGAAGGAAACCCGCCUGGAUUCAAACAAGAAGCACCAAGUGGAUUUUCUCCAGCUGAUAAUGAAUGCUCACAAGAAUUCCAAAGACACAGAGUCUCACAAAGCCCUGUCUGACAUGGAGAUCAUGGCACAGUCAAUUAUCUUUAUUUUUGCUGGCUAUGAUACCACCAGCACUACACUUUCCUUCAUCUUGCAUUCACUGGCCACUCACCCUGAUAUACAGAAGAAACUGCAGGAGGAGAUCGACAGCGUUCUGCCCAACAAGGCAUCUCCCAGCUAUGAUAGUGUGAUGGAGAUGGAGUACCUGGACAUGGUGUUGAAUGAAACCCUCAGAUUAUACCCAAUUGCUAAUAGACUUGAGAGGGUCUGUAAAAAAGAUGUUGAAAUCGAUGGUGUGUUUAUUCCCAAAGGGUCGAUAGUGAUGAUACCAUCUUAUGCUCUUCAACAUGACCCACAGCACUGGCCAGAGCCUGAGAAAUUCUACCCUGAAAGGUUUAGCAAGGAGAACAAGGGCAGCAUUGAUUCUUAUCUAUACCUGCCCUUUGGAUAUGGACCCAGAAACUGCAUUGGCAUAAGGUUUGCACUCAUGAAUAUGAAACUUGCUCUCACUAAAGUCCUUCAGAACUUUUCCUUCCAGCCUUGUAAGGAAACACAGAUACCUCUGAAAUUAAGCAGACAAGCACUUCUUCAACUUCAACCAGAAAAAAACAUUUUUCUAAAGGUUGUGUCAAGGAAUGCAAUCAUAACUGGAGCAUGACUUUCUCUCAAGGAGUUCUGCUGUGCUUUUCAGAAAGGUGGUGUCUAAGAACAUUGAACUCUUUAAUUUUCAUCAUGAAUAAAACCAAGAUGGAGAUAGGGAUUAAUCAACUGGCCCUGAUUCAGUACACCCACUAAGGUUUCUCUGUCUAUACAGAGGUCCAUAUCAUUUAAAGAAGACUAAGUCAGUGACAGAACAGGAAAUUCUUCUUGUCUGGUUCUCAUGGGACCAUCUCCAUCCACAUAUGAUUGACUCCAUCUAUUUCUUUUGAGGUAUUUUGAGAUUAACCAGAUAACUGUAUUUUAUCAAUAUUUUUUGAUGAAAACAUGAACUAUAGUGACAACUCAAAUUGUAAAAUGUGUGUAAGAUGUUUUAAUUGCAAUAUUCUGCAAUAAAAGUUACACUGAAAAUAUAAAUACACACCUCUUUCAAAAAACCUGGUUCUAAAAGUGUCUUAUAUUUAUUGAGAGCAUCAUUCAAUGUAUUUUGAUCAUAUUAGUUCUUUUCCUCCAUCUCCUCCUAUAUUCUUCUCACCUCUGCUCCCAACUACCUUUACAUUCUCUCCAAAUGUUUCACAAUGAAACAAAGCAAAACAAAACCAAAACUAAGGAGUCCAGUUCAUGUUAGAUAACUACCCCUGUGUGUGAGGCCUGCUCUGGAGAGUAGUUGAUAUACCGCAUGCCACCCCAUCAAAGAAAAUGGACUUAUCCUCUCUCAGGAGCUUUCAGUUGACAAUAUCUCCUUGGCAAGGGGUAGGACUUUGAGAACCUUCUCACUAGGAUUUUGCUUCGUUUGAUCUUGUGCAGAUCUUUUGAAUUUUGUCAUAGUCUCUUGGAGUUUUUAUGUGCAUAUGCCGUGUUGUAGCUUGAAAAUUUUGUUUCCUUGAAGCCAUCUACUACCUCUGGUUCUUCCAAACUUUCUGCCUUCUAUUCCAUACAGAUCUCUGGGUCUUGAGGGGAGAGGUAUGACAUAAACAUCCUAAGUGAGAGCUGAGAAUUCCAAAGUAUCUAACAUUCACUUUGACAGGUCAUAAGUUUCCUUGUUAAUUACUCUAUACUGCAGGAUGAAGCUUCUCUCAUAAGGACUGAGUGAUCCACUAUUUUUACAGAUAUAGCUGUGUGUCAUUAGGAAUCUUUUUAUUCUUACAUUAAUGUAGUAGGUUAAUAGUAGUAUGUUUUCUUUUAGGGCUUAUGAUUUAUCUGCUCUCUGUUUUGUGGCUUCAUUGACAAUAUCAGCCAUGGAUUCAAUCUUAUGGAGUGGGCAUGAAGUCCAAUUUUAAAAGUGGUUGUUUACUUCCAUAACAUUUGUGCCACAAUUGCACCAGUGGUCAUAAAUUUCAGGCUGGUCAUUAUAGUUCACAUCUGGGUGAGACUGAAUAUUGCUUUUCUCAUCCAGCAAUUUCAUCUGUAAAAGUAGCUUUUAUUCUCCUGUUUUGGUUGUCAUCUGAGAAGUUUAUUCCCCCUUCUGCUAUCUAGGCUUAGUCUUGAAAGCUGAUAGCCUCCAUACAAUCUAACCCAGGCCUAGAAUGUUUUCAGUAUCUGAGCCUCACUGCUGAAUGAGCUCACCCUUUCUUGUUCUUUCUGAUUUCUGGACUGGCUGGUUCAGCUCAGCUGUUCUGGCUCAAACUCCUCUCUCAGCUGACUCAUUCAAUCUGGCAUUUCUCUUGGCCUCUGUGUGGCUCUGCUUGGCCUCAACCUAACUCCAGCAAUCUGCUGUGAUCUCUCUAACUAAGGAGGACACAGAAACAAAUGUAUUCCAUGGCAAUUCACUCCUUGGAAUCAUGUACUGAUAUUUUUGUAAGAUUUUGUUGGAAAAAAUAAACACUUGGAUGAGUGUACACAGAUAAAGGAUGUGUGUGAGUAUUAAUAAUACAUUUACAGUCUGAGAUUUAAAUAACACUAUAGGGUUAAAACUCACUAGGGUCUUCUGCAUUUUGAUGUAGCAAUCAUGAAAGUGGUUGGAGAAAGAUGGGGAUAACAAGGUAGAGAGAGACAGUUUAAAAUUGGAUCCUAGAAAUUUCCAUUUCCCUUAAGGUUUGCUGAAAACCCAGGCUCCAUGUUAAAACCCCUUCCUUCACACUGUUACCAUCUAACUACCACAAUGUGUAUGCUGAUAACCAGGUCAAAGCAGUCUCUAAAAUUAAAAUGGGCUUCUCAAAAAAAUAGUACAGGAAGUACAGACUGAACAAACCCCUGAAGCUGCAUUUAACUUUCCAUUUCCCAAGAAAUCCCUAUACAAAACCAAAAACUUCCUAGGUCAUUUUCAGGAACCCGUUUGGUCAAAAGCUCCAGAUAAUUUUCACAAAUUAUUGACUCUUAGAAGUGUCUAUGAAUGUCCUGCCUCUUUCUAGGACAAUUUGAUAAAUCUAAAACCCAGAGAACGAAAGUACCGGGUUGAUGAAAUUGAUGAAUUUACCUUAUUUCUGUACUCUUAAUCUGUCUGUGGGCUAACAUAACUAAGACCUCAGACAGGUCAUAUUAUUGUGGCUCUUAGUCUUUUUGUGACUGCAAUAUACACUGAACACUGACUGGUAUUGAAAGCCUAAAUUCUAAACUUUCAAUUUUAAAACUAGAUAGGAGAAAACUAGAUAGGAGAGAAAAAACAAGAAAGGAGAGAAAGGAGAUGGAAGAGAUCCCUGAAAACAAUUGCUUUUAGUUCUUGCAUUUUUUAUGAGCACAACUCCUAAUAACCUGGAAACACCCCUGAUAGCCAACAACCAACAACCGUGCCUCUUGGGGCCUUAGCAUUUGUAUACCUUCUGAAAUGUUUCCAGAAUUACGAAUGUUACACAACCACAGAAACUAUCUGCCAAAACCACUCCUCUGCUGGAUUAUAGAGCAAAUCAUAGUCAGCUUCUGUGGUCAGUCCUAAGCACCCCCACAUCCCUAUACAUGGGUUUGAAAUAAAAGCAUUUUUUUGUAUUUUUUAAAGAAAUCAGUGUUCAAAACCUGUCAUUACAUCACCCACAUCUUAAUCCUUUUCACCUUUGGCACUCAUUACUGUCUGCCGUUGUGUCCAAAUCCUGAAUUUAGGAAAUGAUAUUAAAGAAUAAUUUGAUGCAAUGGAACUAAAACAAAAUUUCUAGCGAUGCAUUUCAGCUUUUGAAAGAAAUAAAAAUCAUAACAGAUAAAAAGUGUUCCAGUUAAUAUUAAAAGUAAAAGUGAUCAGGAAAGAGCAGAACUAACAGUGGGAAUAAAAGAAAAUCUGGGUUGGAAUACAAAUACAUAUUAUAAAUAAAAUAUAUAUUAUAAACAAAAUAAAAAAAUUGGGAACUCUGGGGAGUCAUGGAAUUUGUCUAUUAUUGAUUCCUUGAGGAGCAUGUGCCAUAGUAUUUUCCAUUUAUACUCAGGAGCUCCUUGGACACUGUGUCCAUUUCAGUCCCUGAGACCUGAAACCCUCCCUCAGACUUUGGAGCAUUAAGGACACCUGUGUAGCUCUGCAUUCCCUAGAACUCAGAAAAGCAUAAAGAAGCUUUAAAGAACAUUUAAUCUUAGACAUUAAUCCUUUAUACUCUGUAUAACUUGCAAAUAUCAUAACAUCCCAGCAACUACAAUUGUAUUCUUCAGGGGAGCAGCAUUUACAUUCUGUUUCUGAUAAGUCUGUAAAAAGUCUGAUUGCAUGCAAUGAACUUGUCAUUUCCUCCAUAUUAAUUUGGCCCCUCUAACCUGUGCUGAAUAGAUGAUAUUCCCUCUGAUCUAACCAAAUAACCAUGGAAUGGCAUGUAAGUGCAAUAAGUAAUAGAACAUUUGAUUGUAUUAAGGUUUGCUGAAAUCUGAUUCUAUGUUCAAACUCCAGCUUUUUAUUGUAUAAUGUACACUUUCACUAUAGAAUUCCAGCUCUGCCUUAUUUUGUUUUUUCAAACAAAAUUUAUUUUAUUUUUCUUUUUUAAUUUUAAUUUUAUUAAUUACAAUAUAUUAAUUUUGUAUCCCAUCUGUAGCCCUCUCCUUCAUCCCCCCAAUCCCAACCACCCUUCUUCUUUUUCUCCCUUGCCACUCACUCCCUCAGCCCAAUGACAGAUGAGGUCCUCCUCCCUUUCUAUCUGACCCUAGCACAUCAGGUCUUAUCAGGACUGGCUGCAUUGUCUUCCUCUGUUGUCUGGCAAGGCUACACCACCCCUCAUAGGGAGGUGAUCAAAAAGCAGGCCACUGAGUUCAUGUCAGAGAAGACCCCUGUUCUCCUUACUUGGGACCCACUUGGAGACUGAGCUGCCAUGGGCUAUAUAUGUGCAGGAGUUCUAGGUUAUCUCCAAGAAUGGUCCUUGGCUAGAGUAUCAGUCUCAGAAAAGACUCCUGUGCCCAGAAAUUUUGUUUCUGCUGCUCACCUUGUCCCCUUUAGAUCUUCCAUCUUCCCCCUUCUUUCAUAAGAUUCCCUGCACUCUGCCCAGUUUCGCUAUGAUUCUCAUCAUGUACUUUAAUGCACUGCUGUGUAGAGUCUUUCAGAGGCCCUCUGUGGUAUGCUCCUAUUCCCUGUUUUCUCCAUCUUCUAAGGUCUAUCCCUUUUGCCUUUCAAUGAGCAUUGAUCAUCUUACCCAGGGUACUCCUUCUUGCAUAGCUUCUUUACAUGUGCAGAUUUUAUAAUGUUUAUGUUAUAUUAUAUGUCCAAUAUCCACUUAUAAGUGAGUAUAUACCAUGUGUAUCUUUCUACUUCUGGGAUACCUCACUUUGGAUGAUAUUUUCUGGUUCCCACCAUUUGCCUGCAAAUUUCAUGAUUUCCUUGUUUUUAAUUGUUGAGUAGUAUUCCAAUGUACCACAAUUAUUGUAUCCAUUCCUCAUCUGAGGGACAUAUGGAUUUCUUCCAGAUUCUGGUUCUUACAAAUAAAGUUGCUAUAAACUUGGAUGAGCAAAUGUCCUUGUUGUAUACUUGACCAUAUUGUGUAUAUAUGCUUAUGAGUGGUAUAGAUGGAUAUUCUCUGAGAAAGCACCAGACUGAUUUCAAAGGUGGUUGUACAAGUUUACAUUUCAACCAGAAAUGGAGGAGAAGUAUUUCUAGGUAGUCAAAAAAUAAGUUUAGAAUACUCUGUUUCUAACAUUUGUGACUUUUAUCUUGAAUUUAAAAACACAUACACUGUCGUUUGUAAUGAAAUAUUUCUAUUACAUUUAACCUUUGUGUAUUUCUAAAAACUAUCAUUUCAUCAAAUAAUUUUGUUUUACAUUUUGAACUAAACAUUUACCAAGUUUAUUGUCAGAACAAUCAAAUCUCAAUUUUGGUAUACUUUUUCUUUAGUGAUCAUGAACAAUAAUAAAUUUUUCUCAAGAAGAUAAUUUCACACUCA